AUGAUCGUCUUGCAGUUGCUGGGAGCACCAAACAGCGCCACACUCCAAGGGGCUUUCCUGGCAGCCUCCACGAGUGGCACGCAACUGCUGUCCCUCCCACUGCACCGCCCCACCACCGCACCACCCCCGCCUGCGGCUGCACCACCCCCGCUGAGGAUCUUCUCUGCCAGCUGCUGCAGGCGGAGAAGAUCCUCGUCUGAAAUCUUUGCUUUUUUUUUUUCCCCAUGGGCCCACCCCACAGCUACAAACCCUUUCCUACGCGUGGCUCAACUAGCCAUCACUAGCAUACUCUCGCCGCGACCUACGCCGUCGCCGCCGUUCCCCCCCCCUCCCGCCGCGAUUACGCCUUCCUCGCCUGCGGAUACCACCGCCGCGAGCGCAACGCCGCUGUCCCCUCCUCCCCCUCGCCGCGACCCCCUGUCGCCGCCUCCCCCUCUCGCCGCCGCGCCUGAUUCGGCGCUGCCUGCGCAUCCCGCCGCCGCGACGCCUCGUCGCCGCCUGCCCGUCCCUCCGCCGCGACGUCACGUCGCCGCGUUCCCGCCGCCGCGCCUGCUACGGCGCCGCCUGCGCAUCCUGCCGCCGCGACGCCUCGUCGCCGCUUGCCCGUCCCUCCGCCGCGACGUCUCGUCGUCGCGUUCCCGCCGCCGCGCCUGCUUCAGCGCCGCCUGCGCAUCCCGCCGCCGCGACGCCUCGUCGCCGCCUGCCCGUCCCUCCGCCGCGACGUCACGUCGCCGCGUUCCCGCCGCCGCGCCUGCUACGGCGUCGCCUGCGCAUCCUGCCGCCGCGACGCCUCGUCGCCGCCUGCCCGUCCCUCCGCCGCGACGUCUCGUCGUCGCGUUCCCGCCGCCGCGCCUGCUUCAGCGCCGCCUGCGCAUCCUGCCGCCGCGACGCCUCGUCGCCGCCUGCCCGUCCCUCCGCCGCGACGUCACGUCGCCGCCUCCCCUUCCCGCCGCCGCGCCUGCUUCGGCGCCGUCUGCCCGUCCCGCCGCCGCGACAGCUCGUCGCCCCCUGCCCGUCCCGCCGCCGCGACCUAACAUCGCCGCCUGCGCAUUCCGCCACCGCGACAGCUCGUCGCCCCCCUGCCCGUCCCGCCGCCGCGACCUAACAUCGCCGCCUGCGCAUUCCGCCGCCGCGACUGCUCGUCGUCACCUUCCCGCGCCCCCCCCCCCCCCCCCCCCGCCGCGAUUUCGCAUUUCCGCCUCCCCUCCCACCGCCGCACCUGCUUCCGCGUCACCCACGCAUUUCGCUGCCCCUUCUGCAUCGCCACCCGCCCGCAAUUUCCCCCGCCGCAACUGCAACAUCGUCGCCCCGCGAUUCAGCCGCAACUGCACCCUCCCUUCCUCCUCUCCCUACUCCUCUCCCCCCCCCCUCCCCCUCCCCCUGCGCCCCUCGUUGCCGCGGCCUGCCUGCCGCCGCCGUCCCUCGUUUCGCCGCCGCAGCCAUUUCCCCGCCGCCUUCACCUUUCCGCCGCCGCAACCUGCUUGCAGCCGCCGCUCUCAACAUCGCCGCCGCGGCCCUUCCGCUGUCACCUGCGCCCUUCGUCGUCGCGGCCAGCUCGCCGCCGCCGCCCCCGACUUUGCCACCGCCUCCCCUUCCCGCCGCCGCACGUUCGCACAGCCGCCCCCUCGCUCGUGCUUCCAGGUGAGGGGGCUCGUGCUUCCAGGUGAGGGGGGCGCACGGGAGGUGACGCCGCGACAGGUCGACCUCCUCCCCGCCCUCUCCUGCCACUCGCCACACUCGCCCCGCCACCACCACUCCCCUCCGUCCUCCUCCUGUCGCUCCUCUCGUCAACCACCUGUACUGGCUGCUACUUUGAAUGCUGCCUCCCCUGCAGCGGCGCCAUCGUCAGAUCAUGCGGCUGCCUGCGUGGCUCGCCUCUCAUCUCCUGCUGACUCAGCGCAGCAGCCUGUCCAGUCAGCUCGUGCAGCUGCCUCAUCAGCAAGUGCAGAGCUGGCAGAUCAUAUGUGUCUGCUGGUGCACAUCAACGGCAUGGCAUGGCUCGCUGACGUCAGCACGCCCUGCUGCCCCAGCAGCCUUUUGCCCCACCCCAUGUUCCUGGAGCCACUGCUCUUCCAACCCGCCAUCCACCAGGCAGGCCCCUCCUUCCCCUCGCCUCCCAUCUCCAUUCAUUACACACGUCCCUCCAUUCCUUGCUGUGAUGUGAUGUGCGAUUCCCACUCCCACCCAUUCUAUCUCCUCACCCAAGCGUUUCCUCUCCAUGCCACCUCUCUAUCCCACCACCCCUCUCCCCCACAGCACCAGGACGCGGGGGUGUACCGCAUAUCCCCAUGCGCCCCGCCCCACCCACCAGCACCUGCCGGUGCAGCCCCUUGGGUGCGUGGACGAGGUGCGGGGGCUGUCAGUGUGGCGCCUGCAUGCACAGCAGACGGCUCGGAGAAGCCAUUUGCAGCAGUAGCAGCAGCGGACAGGGGCAGGGAGGGAUGGAGGGCAGUAGAAAGAGGCGUGCAGGGGUGGGCAGUGGAGCACGUAGAGGCAGGAAUGGAUGGGCGCAUGGGUGAGAGGAGUGCUGGCAGGGAGGCACAUUCAGAUUCAGACCCCGAUGAUGAUGAUGACUUCUACACGGAGGGUGUGCGUGGCCACGGGACACCGUGCCCACCGCGGCUCACGCAUGCUGCAGGUGGACAGGCAGCAUCAGCAGCAGCGGUGAGGGCAGGCGAGCAGUGGUAUGUGGUGGAGCGGCUGUGCCGCGUGGGGCCCAGUGAAGCAGGCGAGAGAUGGGCAGCAGCAGAUGGCAAGCAGGCAGCAUGGGGGAAGGCCGCUUGUGAGGAGGAGGCGCAGUGGCAGCCGCUGUAUCGCUUCUCCUCGUGGCCGCAUGACACAGCUCACUUCCUCCAGUGCAUGCGCCAUGCCUCGCCCCUGGGCGGGCCGCGUGUGGCGGUGCGCGUGUGCAGCGAGGAGGAGAGGGAGGUGGAGGGCAGGGGGGUGAUUCGCGACCGCCACUUGCUGCUGCUGGAUGGCGAGGGGCGCGUGCAGAGUCAGCAGCAGCUGGUAACAGACGAGGAGUUCGAUGCGGUGGUGAGGGGCCGGUUUGGCAUUCGGCUGGGGGCAGAUGAUGUGAGGGCCAUGCCUCUUGUGCCCAGGGAGCCGCCACUUGGCGACGUGUGGUUGGCCAGCGAGUGGUGA